GAUCCAGCCCGUAGCACUUGUAGCCAGUAGCCGCUCCUUCUCCCUCCUUUCCCCUUAAAUUUCAAAUUUCCAAGAUUUGAACCCUCUGGUUCUCUCUCUCUCUCUCUCUCUCUCUCUCUCUCUCUCUAGGGUUUGUUCUUUCAAACUCCUUGUUAAUCAUACUCGCACGCGCACACACACACACAGAGAUCGCGAAAUCUUUCCUGACCGAUUUGAACACAAUCAUCGUCAUUCUAGAUCGGUUGAAGACAAUCGUCAUCUGUAUCGAAAGAAAUGGAGAAAUACGAGAAAUUAGAGAAGGUAGGGGAAGGGACGUACGGGAAGGUGUACAAGGCGAGGGACAAGGCGACGGGGCAACUGGUGGCGCUGAAGAAGACGCGGCUGGAGAUGGACGAGGAGGGCGUCCCUCCCACCGCCCUUCGCGAGGUCUCCCUCCUCCAGAUGCUCUCUCACUCCCUCUACGUCGUCCGCCUCCUCUCCGUCGAACACCUCGACAACAAGCACGGCAAGCCCCUUCUCUACUUGGUCUUCGAGUAUCUGGACACCGAUCUCAAGAAAUUUGUGGAUUCCCACCGGAAAGGUCCAAACCCUAGGCCCCUCCCGCCUCCCCUGAUCCAGAGCUUUCUCUACCAGCUCUGCAAGGGCGUCGCCCACUGUCACAGCCACGGUGUUCUCCACCGCGAUCUCAAGCCCCAGAACCUCCUCGUCGACAAGGACAAGGGCCUCCUCAAGAUAGCCGAUCUUGGCCUUGGCAGAGCCUUUACCGUCCCUCUCAAGAGCUACACUCACGAGAUUGUCACGCUCUGGUACAGAGCUCCUGAAGUCUUGUUGGGAUCCACCCAUUACUCCACUGGCGUAGAUAUGUGGUCUGUCGGAUGUAUUUUUGCUGAAAUGACUAGGAGGCAAGCUCUAUUUCCUGGGGAUUCUGAGUUUCAACAACUGCUGCAUAUAUUCAGGUUGUUGGGGACGCCCACUGAGAAACAGUGGCCUGGUGUUAGUUCUCUGCGGGACUGGCAUGUUUAUCCACAGUGGGAACCUCAAAACUUGGCGCGUGCUGUUCCAUCACUGGGACCUGAUGGCGUUGACCUUCUAACGAAGAUGCUUAAAUAUGACCCAGCUGAUAGAAUCUCAGCAAAAGUUGCAAUGGAUCAUCCCUACUUUGACGGCCUUGACAAGUCUCAAUUCUGAAGUUCUUACUCUGUUGUGACUAUGGUCUCUGGGAGCUUGCUUCUUCAUUGUCAGCAUGAAGGGCUGACCCAAGUUCCUAUUUUCAUUUGAUGCCUGGUGAAGUCAGUUGUUAUCAUGAAAUAGGUCAUCAUCUUGUUGAUUUGGCUUAUAUGUCAUGCUCAUUUUAUGUACUUGUAUCUUUCCAACUUCGUUUUCCCCACUUUUGUGCCUUUCUUCUUACUACAUAUAUAGUGAUGCAAAGCUAAAUCUCAGCCUUGAACUGAUUCAAUUGGCUAUUUUUUUUUCAAUUUGCUGGUGUUUGUCAACUGAGGAGCAGUUACAAUUUAAGAAAUUAGAAGCAUAUUUGGUUGUCAA